AUGAAAAGUGGGUUUCUUGAUUGUCCAUUGCCACGCCCUCGUCCGAGCAUGAUUGCUAUAGAUGUGCGACCUACAUUGAACACUAAACCCAGCAACAGAAAGAGACAACUUGGUCUCGAUAUGUUCACAAUCCAAAAAGUCACACAUUUAUCUGAAGCCAGUCCUAAAUUUUCUCCUAAUUACAUCACCCUGCUACAACAUCUCUUUCGGCACUCAUCUUCCAUCCUCACUCGACACUGUACUGUAAUAUACCCAACCCCCGAUAUCCAACUCUCGGAUGAAUUUGUCAUGGUUGACCGCCGUUAUACUGUGAGGGAACAGGCUAUUCCUACUUUCCAUCGGAGCGACACUCGUUACACAAUAGACUAUAGUUUUGGGCAUGUGUCUUUUCGACCUCGCUUGGCUAACACCGGAAUAAUGCAUUUAUCUCCAUGUUGUACUUGCCGCUCAUUCUUAACCGUCGACCUAGCAAUCCAAGACCAUGCCCCUAGUUAUGGCACAUGGCGCUUUAAUUCUUUUCUCUCUCUAAAAUUCCGGAUUUCGACGUCUUCUACAGUCAUUAAACUUACUGCUCAAGAAUAUGAUAAACAAGCAUCCCGUACACAUCAGAGAACCACUAAUAGUCACCAAACACAACGUGUGACAGUCCCACGUCUAUCACACAGUGAGGAUCGACGGAUCGAAUCAGAAAAUAUUGAUUAUGAAACUGUACCUGCCAUUGAAGAAAGACAUAGAUACCUUUUCCUCUGGUCCAACACCCCUCGAUUGGAAAAUGAUGAGCAGAGGAAGAAGUAUUUCUUCAAAGUAUUCUGUCAAAGACUGAUUUCUGAUAAUGGAUGGACUAUCCGAAUACUGAUGACGUACCUCAAGGCUUUGGCCUUCUCAUCAUCGACACUAGGUGCUCAAUUUGAACAAGAAAGGGCUUACAAUAGAAUGCAUCCGACUUAG